ACUGAAUUUUGAGUGAAACCACUGGGGGGGGGGGGUGAUACACUUUCUGGACUAUGCAACAGUGUGUGGCAACCAGAGAAGACAAUCACUGAUGCAAAUUGCAGCAGGUGAAGGAGGUUUGUUGUUCACCGCAGUAGGGAAGCCAUCUGUCUUGGAAAACAAGGGGGAUUAUUUAGGAUGCCAGGGCUUCUGUGCAAGACAACUAAAAUCAAAUAGUCCUCUUUAUUUCUACAAUCACCUGAUAAACAGGGUCUGCCAUUUGCCCUGUUAAUUGGGAAUUUGAAGCUAAAUUAUGGAGUGGUCAGAUGUUAUUUGGUGUCAUCAAAGGAAAACGCUCAGUAGCACUUCAAAUUGAAGGUGAAUACAUUUUGCAGAGUCAGCCUGGAGCCAGCAGUCUGCCAGAAGUUAAGGACCGACUCAUUGACCUCCCUCCCCCUCUCCGUGCUCCUGUCCGAACGUACGGGCCGACCCCCCGAGGCUGAUCAGCAUGACAAAGCACUGGCCGGAGCAGAGCCUCUUGGCACUACCCUCUCUGUCCCACCUUGGAGAACAUCACGACCAUCAACUUGACUUCCACAGAAAUGCGCAGCAGAGUUUUCCUCCCCGCGGUGUAGUGCGGAGCACUCCAGCCCAGCAUUGGCCUCACCACCCGGCUCAGAUGGUUCCCCAGCAGCCGCGUUUGGAGAAGCCCGCAGCGCGCCCCGAACACCUCACCAGCGCCACGGCAUUGAUGGAUAAAGCCGUACCACCGGGCUCAUCAUACCCGAAUCCUCAAGAUGCCCACUUCAAACAGGAAACUCCUACCUCGGACUCGUGUAACAGUGAACGGGAGAAGUGUGGCACCAGCGCUGGGAAGAAAAAGAACUAUCAGCGGUAUCCAAAACCACCGUACUCCUACCUCGCUAUGAUUGCUAUGGUCAUCCAAAGGUCCCCAGAGAAGAAACUGACGUUAUCUGAGAUCCUCAAGGAGAUCAGUACUCUCUUCCCAUUCUUCAAAGGAAACUACAAGGGCUGGCGGGAUUCUGUGCGACACAACCUCUCCUCUUAUGACUGCUUUGUGAAGGUGUUGAAGGACCCAGGUAAGCCUCAGGGCAAAGGCAACUUCUGGGCAGUGGAGUUGAGCCGUGUUCCUCUGGAGCUCCUCAAGAGGCAAAACACGGCUGUGGCGCGCCAGGAUGAGACCAUCUUUGCCCAGGAUCUGGCCCCCUACAUCCUGCAGGGACACAAGCCAGAAUCAGAGCCACCCUCUGCCUCUGUCCCUUCCCUCCCUCCUAUGCGCUCCAUGAACCCCUCCCCACUGCAGGAGGAUUUGUUCCGACCCAAGCUGGACUCAUCCUUCGCCAUUGACUCUCUGCUACAUAGCCUGCGGCCACCUAGUGCCUCUGGGGAUGUGUCUACCAGGGACUGCUGGGGUAAGGGGGAGCGCCCUCGGUCUUCACCACCUCCACGACCUCGCUACGCCUCCUCUGCCCGUAGUGCCUCUGCCAGCUCAGCCAGCCCGGCCUCCACCUCCUCCUCCUCCGAUGAAGAAUGGAAAGGGAUGUCCUUGUCUGGGAAGCAUGUUCCUCUCGAUGGUGAAGCUGGGUCAGAUGGUUAUGAGGACUACAGACCGCCACUGCACAAGUCAGCCCGACGGGAGACUGUUGCACCUCCAUGGGAGCUCCCUACCUCCUACGCCAAAUAUGCUCCCCCCAAUGCUGUUGCCCCACCCAGCAUGCGGUUCAAUGGAGGUCCUCUAAUGCCGCUGCAUGGCGGACUUCCCAUUUACAGCUAUGGUAGCUCUCCUGUGGCACCUGGUCACUUCUUAAGUCAUGCCUAUUGGCCCAUCCUCCCCAGUGGACGAGUUUCUGUCCAAGCCCCUCCCCUCAUCAUGGACCUGGACAACAUGUUGCAAUCUGUGCCUCCCAAUAAGAGUGUGUUUGACGUGUUAGUACCAACCAAUCAGAACUCUCACUCACAUCAUCAACCACCCAGUCAGUACACCCUGCAGAAUGGGCCUCCCUUAAACAGAUACCCUCAGUACUGACGGACUCUGAAAUACUGACUCCUUUACCCAUACUGAGCCGUACUGUCACUCAAAAAUGCACGGAUGCUAAACUACUGUGACGCAGGACAGGAGGUUUAAUCAAGAUCCACAAAGGAAAUACAUUUCUGUUGCAAAUUCCCCUAAAACGACUCUCCAUCAGAACCUCCAGCUCAAGAAAUGUUCACUGUUUAAUAUGCAAAAGGGAGCUGAACUACAGUGUAAUCGAUGGAUUCAAGUUUUUAGCAAGAUGAUAAAAAAAUCAGUGUUUUCUUAAGGUCAAAAUUUUCAAAUACCUUCUUGUUUCCCCAUCAACGUGUGGAGUAUUACAUGGUUUCACUAGAGAAAACGUACCUCAAACAGCUAUACAACAAAACAAGUAUCUACCUCAGUCUUUCAAAGAAAUGGAGUAUUACUACAGGCUCUUUGCACUGCCAAUCUUAUUCGCACUGUUUUUUUUAUUGCCAUGGAUCUGCUUUCUUACACAUUGUAUACCUAUUGUGACUUUUGAAUGUAUUGGUGGAUUUAAUCUUGAAAUUUGCAGUCAUGUGGAAAAACUAACAGCGAUGUUCUGGACUGUAGAUGGUACAUACAGAAAAUUCGAGCUACAAAGUAUCAAAUGCAAUAUCUUUUUUACAGUUUUUCCUGCCAGCAUUUUAAACAAUAUAGGAUUGUUAGGUAAAUAACUAGCAUCAUUUCAGUGGAAACAUCCAUUUUUCCUUUGUCAGGGUGUCUGUGUGCACAGAUCAACGUAUACACACAUUUAUGUUAUUGUUUGUUCAGAUGGUGAAAUAUACAGGGCAGGUCCGUAAUGGUUUUCCUGUCAGCAUUGGUCCUGUGCAGCUACAAUAACAUAUUAACCUGAUAAAAAGUGAUACUGCAAUUUGGCCGUAUAAUUGGCUUUUUCAGUUUAGUGUUAACAGAUGUUUUCUGUGGUGGUGUUUGAAGAUUUGACUGUUUUUCACAUUAUAAAGACUAUUUUUUUUUUUUUAGCCAAGAAAAUGGGCUAAAUUUUAGAUUAUAGUCAAUCUGUGAAAAUGCUGCAUGUUCUCAGGAUACUGGAGACAACGCCCACCAGUAUCUACCUCAGGUUUGGACUGGGACUUGUUUCCAGUGGACUUUGCCUGCUGGUUAUUUGCACUAUUUUGAUGUCAUUAUGAAAUUGCUUAUGAAUGUCUGCCUACCUUGAUGAGUGAAUGUUUUGUUAGUUUUUUGCUACUGUCCUGUGGUCUUAUUAAAGGUUUGUACAGUACUGAGCUGAAGUGAAAGCAGCUCAGAAGUUUUAAGUAUCAAAAGAAGGAUAUGGAGUUGAACAGGGUAUGUAAUAAAAUGCUGUUUAUUUUAA